CUUGCAUUAUUUCACUCAAAUAAUUAUAGAUACAUAAAUAUAUAGUAAAAAUCAUUUGAUGUCGAUAUGGCUCCGCUUACACGUCUAGCUCAAUUCGUCUUCCAUUUUAAGUUUUAAGUUUAAUUUAGUUGCAAUUUGAACGCACAGUCUGUCAGUGGUUACUGUCUGUUUCAGAAUGCAUUUUUUCCCUGUCGGCUUUUGCAUUUGUUUUGGAAACCAGUACGAAUAACUCUACUGGCUACAUAUUUACACGCAUUGUGCCGUUUGCAGGACUGUAGAGCAGGAUUGUGUGAGAGAAUCAGACGUUAAACUAGUUCUAUCACCUUGGCUUUUCCUAAAUGAAAGGAAUUCAUUUACCUAGAGAACAAACACGACGUGUUAGGUUUUACAUUAAGCGUUGAACUGAAAAAACAAAAACACAAUCGCUUGUUUUAUGAAUAUAUGUUGCAGUACCUUUUUGUUCUGAGAUUGAGUUUGCUAAAUGUAGCCUAUGUGGUUCCAAAAUAUUUAAAAAUGAACUUUGUUGCACGAAAUGUUAGUGAUGAUUUAUGCAUAUAUGUCAUUCUGUUAGAUAUUGGGUAAAAAGUACAAAUAAAAUAAUUUAUUUCAUUAAAAUUCUGUGCAAUUAAAUGGUAUUAAAGGAAAACACGAAAUGUCGCUUGUUGAUAUAUGAAAGUUACAAAGUGUUAGAAAGCGGCAGUGAUCUCUGCCUGUUGGUGUAAUUGGCUCAAAGUGCUCAGAGGGGGGAUCAAUAUGACAAAAUUGAGAUUUUAAUGGUCUGCCGGCUUGUUCUGACUUAACCCAUGUGGAUCGGGCGUGAUACCGCGGCACCUAAACAUCCAUCCGUCAGACGCUCAUGCUCUGGAGACAGAUGUGGGGGCUGGAGCCCAUCCUGUGAAGAAUAGAACACAAUGCAGGGGUACACCCUGGAUGGGACAGCAGUCAUCACGGGGCUGAGAGAGAGAGAGAGAGAGAGUGAGAGAGUUUCUAGGUAUCUAUAACAUUAUGGGGACUCCCCAUUAAUUUCUAUGGGCAUAACCAUAAAGCCAAAUAUGACAACUUCAACCCCGACCCAGCCCUAACCUUAACCAUAAGUAACCAAACAAAAUACAAGACUUUUUGUAUUUUUACUUUUUUGAUUGUAGUCACAGAUUUUUAUAAAAUUGAGUUUUUAAUUGUGGGGACCUGAAAAAUGUCUUCACAAGCUAAAAAAAAGUAACUGGUUGAACCACAUUAUGGGAUGUACAAACCCACACACACUCGCGUACAUCUGCGCGGCACCGGGAGAACAUGGAAACGUCACAAACACGGCAGAGAUGGGAUUCAAACCCUCAGCCCUGGAGGCACCAGCCCUAGAAACUGAGGGCACCCCUCCACCUAUUCUCUUACGUAGCAGAUAGAGCAAGCGCCAUCUAUUGGGGAAUUAUUAAAAUUCCAUUGCACAGUCAUGCAAUUAUAUCCAACACAUUGUCUGUAUUAUAUGUUUGAACAACUAUUUCCGUAAAAGUCAAGUUAAACUGAAUUUUGUUUUAUCGUCUUGAAACAGAUGUAUUGAAAUUGCGUAGGAUCGAGAACAAUGUCUGAACUUUUUUUGAUACAUUCAGCUUGUCAAAGACCUUCAGGUACCGAUGUUUAAAAUAUAAAAGAAAUUAGAAGUUGUAGUGAUCUGUGUUUGUGACCUUACUGUGUUCUAAGUCGUUUAAAAUGCCUGCAACAUCUAUAAAAUAGUAAAACCUGAAAGUAUACAACAGCUGUUGGGUUUAAAAUGAAUGGUAAUCGGUAAAAGAUGUGUAUCAUAAUGAUGGAUCACAGAGCAGACACUAAGCGUAUGUUUGUUUUGGUCUAAUUUUCGUUCACGCAAACAUUAAAGAAUCAAUCUUCGCAUCACACUUUGCGGAGGGAAUGGGGGAAAAAUCAAUUGCAUAGCGAUCGCUGUCGGAGUGAGGAGGCACAGUGGUUUGGCGGUGAGUGUCCGCUCAUCACGCCUUUACACCCACUACCGAAAUGUCGGGCUCGUUUAUGUUCCUUCAGCGAGGCAGAGACGUGCUGCUCAGGCACACGCCUGAGAAAUGGUGCUCUUUGGUAAGGCUGAAUGCAGCACGUUACUGGCCCUUAUACAGUUUAGCUUGUGCCGUGCCUCAUGCUUCCCGGGACAGUGUCCAGUUAACCUCAAACUUAAUUGAAUAAGUGGUUAUAUAGAGUGGAUGAAUGAAUAUUCUUAUGCCUACACUGUAAAAUAAAAGAACAUUUAAACACCUAGUUUAAAACUGGUUGAAACCAUUUGUAUUGUAAUAAAACAUCAAACCAAAGCAUUAUUCUAAUUGGUUAAAAUGUAACUGUGUGCAUAAAAAUACCCAUGUACUGGCAGUUUGAGGAAAUCUGAAUAAUUGUGGUUUUACUCUCAGGCUUUCAUUAUGUCGCUUAGGCAAUACUUUUACUCUAAGCAAACCAUUUUUACCAGUUGCUCCAGCCGAGUACCAGUUCAGGACCAGUGCCCUACUCAAGAGUGUAGGAUGCUGGUCUUGAGCAUGUAUUAUACCAGAUUAAAAGUCAACACUCUCACCGAGACCCUCCACAUACGCUUCCUAUGUGAAUCAUCGGUCACUGUUUUUUUGUUGUUAGCAACUUUUUUACUGGACACCUGUCAGUUCUUUCUGUGUUACAUGUGGAUCUUACAAAUAACUGUGCCAGACUGAUGGCUCAAAGGUAAGGGGGUGUGAUACGGUCUCCCUGCCGGGCAGUCUUACCUCUUCGCUACACGUCGCAUGAUGCCGUUCUACUGGACUGGUUCUAAUAGACUGGAGCACCUGUCACAGGCCUGCCUGUAGGUACUGGCGGUACCUAUGAGCAAGAUAGACCUUUUAUUUUAAUCGCCGUUACUGAGCUUUUGAGAUAUUUGAUAGAUUCAUGAUGUACUGCCAUAUCUGUUUUUAUAAUCAAUCAAUAAUAAGGAUUAGAUUAAUGAACGGGGAACUGUAGUCUGUCUAUGAAAAUCAUCAAUGAAAGCUGUUCUUUUUAAAAUUUUUCUAUUGCUGUCAUAGAAUUAAAGUGUAAUAAACUGUAGCAAAGUUUAAUAAUAAACUUUUUAGAUUCGAUACUACCAGAGGUAAACAAAAUGUUCGCUAGCUAACAGGACAUAAUUCAAACAACAAAUGAUGUUCUUUCUAGACUUUAAAGGGCGCGGUAUCAUUUCUGUGACUAUCCUGUGAGUACAAUAAUACACAUAUGAGCACAUAUGAUACCUUUUGGCACAAAUGAUGACAAAUUCCGCAAGUAACAGCGCUUUAAGCCUUAUAAAAUAUUGAAAUGUUUUAAAACCAGUUUAAUUCCCAGUCAAGCAACUAAUACAGUUACUUUUUGUAGCCUAUAUCUAGGCAUACUUGCUGAAAGUAUAGAUUAGAUUUGUACCUAUACAUAUUUUGUCGGAAUUAACUGGCAUUACGUUAGGAUAUGCCGCUGAUUGUUUGAAAUCCAUUAAGUAUCGUUUCGUGUUAUAAAUAGUUCAUUAGUGGAUGGCGUCGUUCUGCUUAUUUGAUUUAUUUUAAUAGCUUACACGACUCUUUAAGUGCUUAAAAUGCUUUAGUCGGGCAAAAGCAAACACAAGUUCCACCUGUUGUGUCCGGAGAGCGGCUCUCUAGGCGGGUUACAGUGUGACACAGUGGAUUCAGCGUGACUUGCAGUCCGGUGAGCCUCAGCAUCCCUGCAAGGUCAGCCUGUAAUCCGAAACUGAAAGGGGGUGAGGGCGGAAAGGCUCCGUAUUGGCUUAGCCCAGAUGUAGGCUGCACCUUUCCGCACUCCCCCCACCCCGAAACGGGAGAUCGAUUGCCAAUCUUUUCUCCUUUUUUGUUUGAGGAUUUCAACUCGGUGCCGAACAUGCGAGGCAACCUUAGGCGUAUAUAGCGCCCAGCUAGUCCCUAAAGUACGCGCCAUAUGCUGGAGAGGAGAGAGGUGCGAUCCUGUGCUGGAUGGAUGGUUAUGGGGAAAGGAGCAGCAACUUCGGCGCUAGACGUCUGCAAGAUCUUCGCCUUGUUUAUCUACAUGUUCCCUACAGCGAGUCUGCAGUGCCGGAUCCUGAAGUGUAACUCAGAGUUCUGGGCCUCCACGUCCAGCCUGGGCCCCGAGGAGGAGUUCUGCACGGCGCUGAGGGCCUAUCACGCCUGCGUGCGGCGCACGGCGCGUACCUGUCGUGGCGACCUGGCCUACCACUCUGCCCAGCACGGCAUCGAGGACCUGAUGGGCCAGCACAACUGCUCGAGGGAGGGUCCCACCACGCAGCCGCGCACUCGCAGCCGCACGCCGCCGCCCCCACCGCCGCCCCCCGACAGCCAGGAGCGCUCCGACGCGCCCGAGGUCUGCCACUAUGAGCGUGGCCUUCCGCGGAACGCCGCCCCUCCCAACUACACACACUGCGGCUUCUUUGGGGACCCGCACCUGCGCACCUUCGGCGAUGACUUCCACACUUGCAUCGUGGAGGGGGCGUGGCCUCUCAUCCACAACAAGUACCUGUCCGUCCAGGUGACCAACACCCCAGUGCUACCUGGCUCUUCAGCCACGGCAACCAGCAAGCUGACCAUCAUCUUUAAGAACUUCCAGGAGUGCGUGGAUCAGAAGACGUACCACGCGGAGACCAACGAGCUGCCGGCCGCCUUCGCCGACGGCUCGCGCAACGGCGGCGAGCGCCAUGGGGGGGCAGCGCUGCGCGUGCUGGAGAAGGUCCCGGGCCAGCAUGUGGAGAUCCAGGCGCGCUACAUCGGCACCACCAUGGUGGUGCGGCAGGUGGGCCGCUACCUGACGUUUGCGGUGCGCAUGCCGGAGGAGGUGGCGCGCGCGGCCGAGGACGGCGACAACCACGACCUGUACCUCUGCCUGCACGGCUGCCCCCUCAGCCAGCGCAUCGACUUCCGGACGUUCCGGCAGCGUGCCGCGGGAGGACGUGCCCCCGCGGGGAGACCCGGCUCCGGAGACCAGUUAGGCUCACCGCCCCAUACCUUCACUUACCAGUCAGCCGUGGCCAAGUGCAAAGAGCGCCUCCUGGUGGAGGACUUGUACUUCCAGUCGUGCGUCUUCGACCUGCUGACGUCUGGUGACGUCAGCUUCAGCCUGGCCGCCUACUAUGCCUUCGAAGACGUCAAGAUGCUGCACUCGAACAAGGACAAGUACCAUCUAUUUGAGAAGGCGGUAGGGCUGGGGGGUGCCCCGUCCAGGAGCCCCCACCUGAGGCUGCUGCCUCUCCUUAGUGCCCUCGCACUGCUCUGGCUCCAGUGGAUUCCUGUGUGUCUCUGAUCACGCCUGUGGCUCCAGCUGUAGCAGUGAGACAUCCCCAUCAUCACGCCAUACCUCACCCUGCACUACCCCAUGUCCGCUCACCUGCUUGGGUGGGGGGGGGGUGGUUGAGUGUUUCCAUGCCAGAGUCUCCCAUUCCAGCCAUCCAUCCUGUCUUCCAUGUUCCCGCCAACGCGCAGAUGGAAUGCCGCGAUCGCUGCCCUCUCUGGGCAUGCUGAGGGACAGCUCUGGGUGAUGAGCAGCGGCGCCCCCUGGGGAUGGGGCAGAGUAGCUCCGGGAUCUUAGGGGCUGAGCUGGGAGGUGAGAGCUUCCCCCAGCACAGGGCAGAGCCAGCAGGCUUCUGUGAGCCACCGAUGGGGAGGGCUUUGUUUAUGUGACACCCGCCAUAGGCCUGGGAGACAGGAGAGGCCUGAGCGUGCAGCAGAGCGCCCUCUGCAGGCCGGUGGAGAUUUAUGGUCACCCGUCUGGCUGCCUGUGUGCGUGCGUGUGUCUGCCGUGUCCUGGAGAGGGACGGUCGUAUGGUGUCCUCUCACGAGGGCUUGCUGUCUGUAGACGGAAGCCGCACCCGCCGGUCAUUUCCAGUUGGGCUGUUUGAAGCUGGAGUGACGGCGAAUCCCAGGUGUCUAAAGAAUGAACAGUAUUUAACUGAUCCGAUUGGCCGGGCGUCAGAGUCGAGCUGGAACUGGAUCUGGGAUGCGGCAGUGAGGACAGCAGAAUAUCCAUUGCAAUGUUUACAUGCUGAAUGUCGUUUUUAAGUUGAAUUUGCAUAUCUCCGGAUGUGCUUAUAGAGAGUGUGUGUGUGUAUGUAUGUGUGUGUGUGUGUGGACUGAAAUGUUCACACGGCGACCACAAGAUUUGUCUUUUAUUGUUAAAUUAGCCCCUCUUGGGUUCUCUCUCUCUCUCUCUCUCUCUCUCUCUCCCUCCAUAUACUUUUCACAGUUUAGCAGUCCAAUGCCACAUUCACUUCAGCUAGAUGUAUGAACAAAGCAGUGAAACGAUCUUCCACCACGGAUGGAAGCCAAGGAGCUGGGGGGGGGGGGAUCUUGGCAGGCGGGGGCCUCUCUGGCGCGAGGGGCCCAGGCCCCGCUCUGUCACACUGACAUUAAAAGGCCGCCCCCCAUGCAUACCGGCUGCCGUACUGGCCUCGCUGUAGGGCUUGUUUGAGUCGCCUCUCUCAAUAGACCUGUUAAUUUAUGGCUGAAACCCUUUGCCAAAGAACAGAACCUUGUGCCAACAGUUUAAAAAAUGGCCAAUCCCACCCUCCCCUGCCCCCACGUCCCUAACCCUCCCGUUUCUGGGGAGCUCGGUAGUUGAAGGUAUUUGGGUUGCACUGAGGGCUAGGCUGUGUGUGGUGCUGAUGAAAGUGAGGGCAGAUUGUGGGGGUAACUGGGGGGGGCUGCUAUUUCCCCGCCGCCCAGUGGCGUCCUGCUGCUGUGGGACCAGUUUGAGGCGCCGGCGUCAUUCCAUCGCGUGGCAUCGAUUCCAUCGCUCCCAUUACAUCCGCAUGGACGGUCUUGUUGCUGUGUUCCCAUGCCGUCUCUGCCAACACGCGAGUGCAGCCCAGGUGCGGCCGCCUCACCUUCCAGACGCCGUUUCCAUGCAGACUUUCUCCAUGUCAGCUGAUCCAUUGCCGUGCUUUUCACACCCGCAGGGCUAAUGUGCACAUUUUAGAUGUUUAUUUGUUUUUUUUCUUUUAAUACUGAAGGUUAGCAGCUGCUACAAGAUCAAUAUUAAACCUCCACUCUGCUGUAACAGAAUAGUCAGCAUUGCAGAGUUUUGGUCCCCCCAACCUGCACCUGAGAUGCACUCGUCAGUUUCACUAACUACACAUAGCUUAGCCAGAGAGACAGCGUGGGAGGUGGCCUCUCUCUGUUCCUUCCUGGGGGGGGGGGGGUGCACACCAUGUCACAGCACCCAAAAGGAAAUAGAUGAUUGUAACGUUUUAGGUUUGUGUUCCUGGAUGUGAUUCGUGAGUCAUUAAAUCGCCACAUUGACUGUGCCGUCGUAGAUGACAGUGUGUCUGACUAAGCUGGUCAGUAGUUCCUUGUUUACCAGAUUUUUCUAGAAGUUUUUUUUUUUUUUUUUUUACUUUACAAAAACUCAUGAGGGAAGUUAGAUUUAAUGUGACCCUUGGCUUAAAAAAUUGAUUGUGAAAUCAUGAACGCCGCAGCACUGCACACCUACUAGUUAGCCUUUUAUAAUGUGCAUAUUGAUUGACCUUCUGAUUUGCUGGGCAGGAGAAUAGAUGCAGAAACUUUUAGAUGUUUUUAUUCCCCUCCAUGCAUGUGAAAACAAUCAGUGGACUAAAUGUGAGUCGACCUUUUUUAAGGUAUUAUUUAAUCCAGCAAUCAGGUCUAAAUAGGGCAGAAUGGUGUUUGUGGUGUUCAUGUUUGGUUUUGAUACACAUUUAAAGAAGCACUUUAUGUUUUUAAUUCUCUCUCCUUAGCUCUUACUCAGUUGUAAGUUGAUUGUGAAUAUUAGUACUCAGAUUGUUACUCAAUGGGCCUGGAAGAUGUACAGCAGUAACAUGCCAAUUCCUGGAGUCUGUAUGUAGGAUAAAUGACAGCACAGCACCACCUGUAUAUACUGUAAAUUAUUUAUUGACCAAGUAAAGUCUUGUCCAUUUGUUUUUUUUUUUGAA